AUGUUACAUGAGAAUCGAUGCACAGUUACGCCCCUAACAAGCUGCCCGACACAACGUGACACGCCUCUCCUCCACCUCCUCCACCUCCUCCGUCGCGCAGAGUUCGCCGUCGAGAUCACGCGCCCCCCCGCGGACGUGGAGGCGUGGGAGGGCGAAGCGGCGCGCUUCUCGUGCGAGCUGUCGCGCGCCGACGUGGAGGACGCCGGCUGGUGGCUCGGGGAGCAGCCGCUCGGCAGCAACGAGAUCAACGAGGUGGCGGCGAGCGGCGCGACGCACGCCCUGCUGCUGCGCGACCUCGCGCCCCACGACAACGGCCUCGUCACUUUCCGCGCCGCGCGGGCCCAAGCAUCGGCCCGCCUCGUCGUGAAGAGACUGCCGCUGCGCGUGGCCACGCCGCUGUCCGCGGUGGUGGCGGAGGAACGCUCGACGGCCAGCCUGGUGUGCGAGCUGUCGCGGCCCGCCGAGCCGGCCGACCGCCUCACGUGGACCAAGGACGGCGUGGCGCUGGAGGCCGGCGGGAGGAUCGCCGUGGAGCACGACGGGGCUCGCGUCCGCCUCACGGUGCGCGACGUCAUGCUGGACGACGGUGGAGUCUACGCGUGCCAAGCCGGCGUGGACGCCGUCACGUCCACCGUCCUCGGGGUGACCGCCUGGCACACGGAGAUGGUGCGGCCGCUCGCGGACCAGGCAGUGGCGCGGGGCGGUGAGGCGCGCUUCACCGUCGAGCUGAGCCAGGCGGUGCCGCCCUCGGACGUCCACUGGUACCUGAACGGCGAGGAGAUCGCCACCGCCGUGGCGGGAGGAGCGGGCGAGGGCACGGACGAGUGGGAGACGGAGCAGGAAGGCGCCACCUGCUCGCUCAUCCUGCGCCGCGCCCACCGGCGGCACGGCGGAGACGUCGAGUGCGUCGUCCGCGACGUCGCCUGCGCCGCUCGGCUCGCCGUGCGCGAGGAAGAGGGCGAGGGGCGCGGCGAACACGGGCGGCCCGGCGGGCCCCCGGAGUCGGACGGGGAGGCCCGGCCGCGGCAGCCGUGGGAUGCGGCGAGCCGGAGGCGGCGCAUGAGCUGCGAGCCCACGCUCGGCUCCAUCCAUGAGGAGCCCGAGGAGGCCGAGGGCGCCGAGGUGGAGGCGGCCGCACUCGACCGAGCGGCCACCAAGAUCCAGGCUGCAUUUCGCGGAUUCAAGACGCGCAAGGAGCUGGAGCGGGGAGCACACCCUCCCCUGCAGCCCACUCAGAGCAGCCUACGCAGCUUCCUCAUCCGGCAGUCGGCGGAGGAGGAAUCGUUUGACGGAGAUGAGGCGACCGCUGCAGCCCCCGAGCCUCAGCGAGGAGGUCCGGCGCAGUGGCCGGCGCCGGCGGAGCCGACGUUCCGGGAGGACGGCGACCACAUCUACAUCUCGUUCUGCGACGCGGCCGAAGCGCAGUCGGCGGCCGACAGCUUCCGCCAGCUCUUCGCGCUGCAGGGGCAGCCGGUGGAGGUUCUGCUGCUGGAGGACGCCACGGAGAACGGACGAGCGGCCGUCGUGCGCGUCAAGAAGUUCCACGCGGCGGCGGCGGUGGCGCCGCUCGGCAGCGCCGCCGUCGCAGAGGAGGAGUCGGGCCGGAGCGCGCCGCGGUUCGUGCAGCACCUGCUGGGGCUCACGGUGGAGGAGGGGUACCCGGCGUCCUUCGACUGCGUGGUGACGGCCUCGCCCGCGCCCUCCGUCGCCUGGUACAAGGGCGACCGGCCGCUGCGAGAGGACGACCGCCACAUGAUCAACGACGGCGACGACGGCAGCCAGCAGCUGGUGCUCACCACGACCGGCGCCGGGGACGCUGGCGUUUACCGCUGCGUGGCGGAGAAUGAGCUCGGCGUGGCGUCGAGCCACGCCGAGCUCCUCGUCGUCGACGUGUUGAGCCCCGACUGCGACACGCGGAAAGCAACUAUUCCCAGGGACCAGGCUGAGGAUGCGGUGGAGACGCCGGCCCCGGAGGAGCCCCCCGAGUUCACGCGCGAGCUGCACGACCUCCAAGUGGCGGCCGGGGCAGAGAGCACGCUGCUGUCCGUUGGGGUCAAAGGCUCGCCGGCCCCGCGCGUCUACUGGUUCAAGGACGGGCAGCCGCUGCCGGGCUCCGAGCGGCUGCAGCUGCGCAGCGAUGGGGAACAUCACACGCUCGCCAUCGCCCUCCCGACGGCGGACGACGGCGGAGAGUACACCGUCUGCGCCAGCAACCCCGCCGGAUGCGUCUACACGUCGGCGCUCCUCGUGCUGCAAGGUGAGCAAAAGAAGUUGACACCGCCGCGGUUCGUGGAGAGAUUCAGCAACAAGCGCGUGCCGCAUGGAGGCAGCGUGACGCUGGCCAUCACGCUAGAGGGCUCCCCAACGCCCGACGUCACGUGGCUCAAGGAGGACUCCGCGGAGGACGUGACGUGGAUCAAGGAGACGAGCGAAGGGUUCCGCCUGGAGAGCACGGGCGCCCGCCACAGCCUCACCCUGGAUGCGGUGGUGCCGCAGCACGCCGGCCACUACACCGUCAUCGCCACCAACCCCGUGGGGCAGGCCAUCUGCACGGCCUACGUGGACGUCCGGCGGCCACGUGGAGCCGAAGGGGAGAGCGAAGAUCUGGCGACAACCCAGGAGGAAAGACUCAGCUCCUACCUGCAUAGCCUGCCAGAAGACAUUGCCAGAGAGCACGCAGAAGGAGAGAAAAGGCCGUUCUUUGAGGACAUUUCGGUGCAGCCGCCAGAGCCUGAACACGACUACCUCCUGGAGGCGGACGGCACGCUGAGCCGGGACGAGCUGCCCGCGCCCGAGAGGGACGGGCGCGAGUCGCGCGGCAGCACCGUGUCGCUCACCGAGGAGCUCAUCCACCGGCUCACGGCACAGAUCUCCGACAUGGUCUGCACGCGCUUCUCCAAAGUGUCGCUGCGCGUCCCUGGCAGCGAAGGCAGCGAUGACGAUCAGCGAACUCCGCUGACAACGCCGCGCCGCGGACGCUCGCGUCCCACCUCCGGCAUCCUGGAGUCGCCCAUCGAGUCGGACGAGGGAGACGCGGCCAUGGAGGGCAUGGAUGAGUUUGUCGCGACCUCGGACGUCGUCCCGAGCGGCGACGAGCCCGAGUGGGUGCCACUGCGCAGGGGGCAGCACGUGGAGGUCCUGGACUGCGCUCACCCCCUGCGCUGGCUCGUGAGGACCAGACCCAGCGUCACAGAAGACUUCUGCCAGGGCUGGGCCUCGUCAGCCUUCCUGGAGAAGCGUCCGCCGGACUUCCCUAUGGAUGCACAACGGCAGAGAGAAGAUGAAUUGGUGAAGGCGUUGUCACCAGAAGAGGACCAGAGGCACUUUCAGGCGCUGUUGGGCGAGCUGGUGGCGUCGGAGGAGGCGUUCGUGCACGACCUGGAGUUUGUGACUUCGCACCACGCGCGCCACGUGGAGACGGCGCCCGGCCUCCCGCCGAUCGUCGACUCGCAGAGAGACGUCAUCUUCCGCAACGUGCCGGACCUGCUGCACUUUCACAGCCGGGUGCUGCUCCCGCGCCUGCGCUCGUGCCAGGACGACGUGGACGUGGCACGUGCCGUGCUGCAGAGCCGCCACGAGUUUGACCGCCACGUGCAGUUCCUGUACGGAAAGCCCAGGGCUGAUGUCCUGCUCAUGAGCGGCCCCACGCAGGCAGCGUUCGAGAGGUAUGAGGAGGCCCUGCAGGAGGGGCCGAGCCCGGCGCGGCCGCACCGCUCCGUGCAGGAGUACCUGGACCUGCCGCUGGGCCGGCUCAGGGCCUACCAGUCAUCGCUCAGGGAGCUGAUCAGGCGGAGAGCCGACCGGGGGGGCGACUGCGCGCAGCUCCAGGAGGCCUACGCGCUGGUGGCCGCGGUGCCGCGCCGUGCCGAGGACCAGGUGCAUCUCUCCAUGAUGGAGGGGGCGCCCAGCGACCUGCCGGACCUGGGGGCGCUCGUCCGGCAGGACACGUUUGUGGUGUGGGAGGGGCGGCCGAGCGCGCGCGCCUCCUGGAGGGGUCGAGUGCGACACCUCUUCCUCUUCCCUACGCACCUGCUCAUCUGCAAGCCGCAGCGCGGCAGCGGCGCGGACUCCAUCGUCUUCCUGUGCCGCCACAACCUGCCGCUGAGCGACGUGGAGGUGAGCGGCGCGGCGGAGACGGACGAGCGGACCCUGGAGCUGUGGGACGAGCGCGAGAGCGGCCUCGAGAAGCUGACGCUACGGGCCCGAAGCCCCGCGCAGAAGCAGGCCUGGCUGCUGGAGCUGCGGCACCUCCAGCGCGGAAUCGAGCGGCACGUGCAGGAGACGCCGGAGGCCUGGACGCCGCCCGAGUUCGUGGAGCCGCUGUCGGACUGCACGGUGCGGGCGGGCGACAUCGCCACCCUGCGGUGCCGCGUGUCAGGCUCGCCCAGACCGGUCAUCACCUGGUAUCGAGACGAGCGGCCACUGGAGAUGGAGGACCGCAUCUCGCUGAACGAGGACGAGCGGCGUGGCUGCCGGCUGCUCGUGAUCCGCGUGUGUGCCUCCGACGCCGGUCACUACAGCUGCGUCGCCAACAGCCCCGCCGGCACGGCGCGCUCCACCGCCCGCCUGAACGUGCUCGUGCCUCCCCGUUUCAAGACGCCGCUGAGCAGUGCUGCGCUGGAAGAGGGCGAGGACGUCAGCUUUAGCUGCCAGGUCACGGGGGAGCCCUUCCCGCUCGCCAGGUGGCUCAAGGAUGGCGAGGAGGUGUGCGCUGGCGACGAGCGGCUACGAACCCAGAGCGAUGAGGAGCGCGGCCGCCUCAGCCUCACCGUGCAGCGGGCGAGCAAGGCCGACGCGGGCAAAUACAGCUGCCUGCUGGUGAACGCGGCGGGCGAGGCAAGGGACUCGGCGGAGCUGUACGUGCCCGUGCCCGUGCGGGCUCCCGGUGCCAGCCAGGCCGUGCUGGUGGAGGUAACCGAACAGGAGACCAGGUUGCCCAAGAAGACGGUGAUCAUCGAGGAGACCAUCACGACCAUCGUCAAGAGCCCCAGGCUCAAGCGGCGCCCGGCACCGGCAGCGAGGACGCCCUCUCCGCUGGUGGCGCUGGCAGCCCCGCAGCCUCGGACAGCGCCCGACGGAGGCCAGGGAGGCGGCCCCGAGGGGGCACGGCUCGGCCAGUGUCGGCCCACGGAGGGAGCCCUCGAGGCAGAGGAAGAAGCGACGUGCCCGCCGGUGGCCGCGGCGGCGACCGCGGCCCAAGCAGAGGCCCUCCGGCCAAAGCGGGUGGCGGAAACGCCGGCGGCGGCGUCGCCGCCGCUGCAGACGGUGACCGAAUCGGCGGAGGUCGCGUCCGGGCAGGGCCCGGCGCGGCAGGAGGCGAGCGACGCGCAGAAAGAAAACUGGUUCGAGGUGGAAGAGGUCAUCGAGGUCAGGGUGAAGAAGACUCCCCGAGCGAAGGGCUCAAAGAAGCUCUCGUCCUCGGACCGCCAGAAGCGGCGCUCCAAGUCGACCGACCAGCUGCACAAGGUGAACGUGGACAAGUCGAGCAGCCUGCAGGACCUGGCCCACGCGAGCAGCGAGCCCGAGGAGCGGCCGCCGGCGCUCGUGACAACAGCGGCGGUCGGGGCGCCCGCCGGCGGCCGCCUCGCCGCACGCGACGCCGGCAGUCGGCCCGAGCCGCUCCUCAUCUCGGAGGCGGCGGCGGCGGAGGAAGGAGGAGCAGGAGGUUCGACUCACCUCUCGGAGAUGCACACGUGGGUGUCCCACGGCGGAGGGCGGCGCAGCUCGUCGGGCGUCAGCGGAACAGUCGGGAAGACGAUCACGCUGCAAUUUGACACUGGCCGGGGCUUACUAGGCUCGGCUAAAAAUAGCGGGCAGCCCGAGCCUCCGCCCAGCGAGUAGCGGGCCACCAGCGGCACUCGCUUGGGCA